GACCACUUGCUACAAAGUACAAACAAUCACCCACCUCGUCUUCACCUUUUCCACGCCUCUCCUGCCCCCAAUUAUUUUAAAUUCCCUUCCGUUCAAACCCUAAUCGCAAAAUUCGUUACGAAUUCACCUGUAUUUCUCCAAAUUAUCAUCAUAUUCUUUCAAUUCGCGUUUUCUUCUUUCAGUUAAGCUAUUUUUUAAAAUCUGCCGUUAAGUAAAUUGAUUUUUAGAUUAGGGUUUCGAAUUUUUCAUGACUUCUCAUCAGAUCUAUUAGAUCUGUUAUUCUAUUGCUUAAAUCAAUUGUUUUUUGUCUGAAAUUAAUCUUCUUUUUGCCCUAAUUUUAGAUCUUGACUAUUUUUGACCGAUUUAGGGUUUUUAAAAUCGAUUAGGUUUUUUGUUUAAUUCGAUUUAAUUUUAUAUCUGAAGUUCAAUCAAAUCUACGAUUUCUGUUGAUUUUUGAAUUUGGGGAUCUGGAAUUAGGGUUUCUUCAAAUUGGGGAUCUAAUUUUAAAUACUUGCAAAGUUACAGAUAUUCUUAGAAGUUAAAACAUGGUGCAGAAACGACAACUAGCUCAAGAGGAAUAUGACGUUUCUCCUAAGCAUUUGAAGUUGGAUCAUGGUUGUCAUUUGGUUUCUUGUUUGCAGUUUACUAAUGACGAUGUUCACCUUCAGUCAGAUAAAGAUGAGGGCUGCUUCCAUAAACCAAUUAAUGAAGUUGAAUAUGGGUAUGUAAAUGGCAAGUUAAAUGAUCUUCCUGUCUGCACCAAAAAAGUCGAUGUUGAUAGUACUCUUCCUGGGCGCCUUUCCACGUCAUCAGGGGCCAGUUGCACAACUAGGGAAGAAGAUUUGAGAUCAGAGGCACCAUUUCAAGCUUCUGAUCCCUAUUCUUACCUUCUAGAACUUUCUCCACUAAAGGAAGUACCAAUUGGACCUGAUUAUCAAGCUGAUAUUCCCGAAUGGUGUGGAUAUUAUGAGGUUGAUUCUAAAUUCUUGGGGUCUUGUGUCCUUGGAAUGCCCGAAGAUCCCACCCUGCAUGAUGACAUUGAUCAACGAAAUAGAAUAAACUGUUACUGCAAAAAUCAUGGGUCUCCUGAAUGUGUCAAACAACACGUUAAAGAAGCUAGGGGGAUUCUGAAGGAAAGCAUUGGACACAAAACGUUUGCAGAGCUGGGGUUUGAUAAUAUGGGGGAGAUGGUUGCUGAGAAAUGGAGUGAAGAGGAUGAGGACUUGUUCAAUGAGGUUGUAUAUUCAAACCCUGUGUCUGUUGGUAAAAACUUCUGGAAUCAUCUUGCAGCCAAAUUUCCCUCACGCACCAAUCAGGAAAUUGUUAGCUACUACUUUAAUGUCUUUGUGCUGCGUAAAAGGGCAGAUCAGAACAGAUGGGAUCCAAUGAAUGUUGACAGUGAUGAUGAUGAGUGGCAGGGGUGUGACGGGUCAGAGGAGCAGGAUAACAUUCCUGAGUUUGAUUCUAUCAAGGAUUGUUACAACGAUUUGCAACCCAGAAAGUUGCAUAGCAGUUGUAGUUUUGACUCAACAUCUCAGUCUUCUGAGAAAACUGAUGGAGGCUUUGAUUUCCAGUACGACUCUUGCAUAUCAUCUGAUACAACAGUUGCUGCAACAUGCACGCAUAAAGUCAAGGUUGACAGUAACCAAUCAUGCGGCGACAACGAAUUUAUUUUUGAGCCUUUAGAUUCAGGGGUGUGGGAUGUUGGGCAUUUCUCUUGUCUGAGAUCUAAAUCUGAUUUCUUGCCAACAUGUAGUAUGAUUGAAGAGGUAUUUGGAGUUGAAUCCUGGAAUUUUGAUGAAACUGAUGAUUACAGCAGAUCAAACUAAUAUGUGGUUGCUAGUCUACCAUCUCAUUAUUUUCUGGAGACUAACAUGUCCAAUUUUUCAUUGUACAGUUACAGAUUUACCCCUGAUUAGCAUUAGGAACUAUAUUCAUAGGGGGAAACUUGUAUCUCACAGAGUCGUUCCCUGAUAAAUAUUUUGGGAUGGAUUUGUUGUAAUCAGUCAGUGCCAGACCUGAAAAUAGUAGUAAAUUAGGCGAAAAAUAGGCUUAAUGAUGAUUGAAGCUUUUUCCGUAUUAUCUGAAGAAGCAGUAUGCUCAGUUUUCUUAUUUGCAUAAUAUGUAUAUAUGAAAAAUGAUGGCUAAUGCAUUUUGUUGAUUUUUUUUUUA